GUAAGAGCAAGGGAUGGAAAUUUGGUUAGGAACAAAAAUUGAAAAAAAGGUAAAUAUAAAGUCAUGGUUCUACGAAUGAGGCAGUGCGUGAAGUGCAGGGAAUUUCUAAGAAAGCCCACCCAGAGCCAUUUGAAAAGUACGACCGCUGGUCAUGAGAACAUCCCAUUCACACGUUCGUUCUCUUACGUCCUCUGUACUGUUUGAGACAUGUGAAAUGCCUACUGUAGACUGAGCGAGAACGAAAAAGUGGAGCAACGUAUGUUGAAGCUAGAUUUAAGUUUCAACAUACCUUGGUUCCACUAUUUCCCUCUAUACAGCUCGAAUGCAGUCCUUCCAUUAUUAUCUUUUAGACGGUAGUAGAUCAGUCUGCUACACGGGGGAGAUUUAAGACAGCGUUUGGAGUAGGUGGGGUAAACUGUUAUAAAUAUUGAACAUAAAUAUUUAUAAUGGUACUUCUAGUGGAUAAUUAAUUCAAAGUUUAAGCCUAAAAGGUCAUUAUACGCUGACAUUACAAAAGCAAUGAUUAUUUGCUUUAUUUUUAGAUCAAUUAAAUUUUUCCUUCAUUUUUACCUGUCUUGUGAAAGCUACAAGGUUUAUGGUGAUGUCAUGACUUGAAUCUAAGCUUAACGAACAGGGAAGCACUCUUUAGAUCAGUGGUUCUUAACCUUCCUAACACCGUGGACUUUUAAUACAGUACCUCCUGUUGUGGGUUGGAUCCCCAACCACAAAAUUAUUUCAGCUGCUACUUCAUAACUCUUAAGUAUAUGUGUUUUUCGAUGGUCUAAGGCGAACUUUGGGAAAGGGUCGUUUGUUUGACCCUCAAGGGGGGUCACGAUCCACAGGUUGAGAACCGCUGCUUUAGAUGGUCUUCACAAUGAGGGAACAAAAUUGAAACAAUGUAAGCAAAUGAAACUGAAAUAUAUCUUAUAAGAAUUCCGUACAUUUUGAAUUCAAAGCAUUGGAAUCUAUUGCUUUAUGUCUUACAUGAACGAUCAAAUAAUCAAUUGUAUAUUUGUGACUCGGCAGUGUCGAAUGACCGGCCCCCCUGUCCAAUUCAUCAAUCGAAUGACCGGCCUUCUAUCAACAUCAUCUAUGUGGCUAAUGCUCCUGGGCGUGAUGACAUCCAUCCUUUCCGAGGCACUCGCGAAGUUAACAUUUUAUCCACAAAAAAGUAAAGCUAUUUUUUAUAUAUCAUGCUGUAAAUGUUCUAGUCCUUUUGUUGUUUUUGGUAACAUUCCGCUAGGCCAGUGGUCGACUCUUUAGCGACCCAAGUGCGGCUCGGCCAGUCGGCAAAAUAGAAUUCUUGACAGGUUCGUGAAAAGGAAUUUGGCUUACAAAUUUUUUUUAAUCGUCCAGCUGCUGUUUUUGUUUUGUUGUUGUUGAAUAAUGAGUUUGCCGACCACUGCGCUAGGCUAUCUCAUUUGAAGACUGGGUCAUUUAAUUAGAGUAUUUUUUUAUUCGACCACUGGUAAGUAAAUUGAAGUUUAUUUUCACCUAUUCCCAUCCACUAGCUACAGUGUUCACUUCAACUCACUUCAACUAACUUUAACUCACUUCAACAAAAUUCAAAACACUCAACUCAAUUGAAUGAACUUCAAAUCGCUUCAACUCACUUCAACACUCGUCAACUCAUUUAAACCCUCUUCCACACACCUCAACUUCAUUCACCUUACUUCCAGCCACUUCAACUCUUCAACCGACUUCAACUCAUCCAAAUUCUUCAUAAAAUCAAUUAAUGCAUAAAUGCAAACUUUUUAUUUUCAUAUUGUUUUGUUGUUGUUUUUUUAAAUUAUUAUUGUGUGAUCCAACCGUUUCAGUUCACAUGGACGCCAUUUGUGACAAGCAUUUCGCCGUGAACCACUCGAUCCAGGUCGCCAUCAACAAAAUCCCGGCCAAGAAGCGUUUCUGUAGGGUCCACUUCAAGCCCCUGAGCGGCGACUGGCUGCUGGGCUCGUUCACCACGUACAGCCUUCAGAUGCUUCAGCCAAACUGCACCGUUGAAGCUCUCCACCUGAGCGCGUCGCACGAGGAUUUCUUCGGUAGGCUGUAACGGUUUUCGUUGUCUUAAUUCGGAGACUUAUGAGAACUGCCAGUUGGCACGUUAUGGGUUGUUUUGUUUUUUUUUGGUGGGGUGGGGGGGUGGUUGGAUUUAUUUGUGCACCUUGAAAACAGACUGGAGGGCCAUGAAAAGAUUGUGACAUUUUCGGAAAAUUAAAUUUGUGAGAUCAUUCAAAAGGUCACUGCCCUUGUGAUUUCUCGCAUUUAUAUAAAGCCGUUGCCUUUGUGAUCUCUCAAAUCUUUCAAAUAGCUCAAACCUUAAAAAAAAAAAAAACACAAAGUCUUCAAAUCAUCUUUGAAAUCGGGAUAAUUCCUUGAAAACGAAACAAAACAAUAAUAAAAAAAAAAGCCGAGGCUAUUUUCAAAGUUUCACUUAAUGAAAUAAACAAUAAAUAAAGUCUCAACACGUCACAUCUAAAAUGUUACAUUUUCUUUGUCGUCGGAACAAAAUAAUUAAUCAACUGUAAUGAGUUUAAUUGGCAUGCUUUCAAUUUUACCCCCCUUCCUCCCCCUUCCUCCCCCUCCCCCCCCCCCCCCCCCCCCCCCCCCCCCCCCCCCCCCCCCCCCCCAAUGAAUCACUUUUUUNACCCUCGACCCCAACCUCGAGGAUAGACUGCACGCUACCCUGCUGAUCAGGGAGAUCUUCCGGAAACCAAAGGGUCGUUUGGGUAGGUCAACGUGUCACGGCUAAAGGGAGGACACGAGGGGGGUGGGGGGGGGGAAACAUGAUUGAAACGUAAUAAAAAAAUAUCAAUAUCUUUACAUGAGUUUAGGCGAAAUUGUUUCUACGCAGAGACCAGAGUCAGCUGCAUUGUCAUCUGAGUAACACUUGGGUUUUUAAUUUCAGAUAUAUAUAUAUAUAUAUUAAAAAAGUUCUUGUGCUGUACUGUCUGUUGUAGAAGGCAUUUAGCUGAAAAGUCCUAUUCAUUUUUCAUUCUUUAAUUUCAAGCCUAAACGUGUCUUCUUUUAAUAUUUAUUUACUUCAUAUGACUUGAACUGAACGCAGUGCUCCCCCACCCCAUUUAUUUAUAAAUUUGCUACACAAUUAAAUGUCAAGUUUUAGAGAGUUGCCAUCGCAAAAAAAAAGUGUUGGGGAGUGUGACAAAGAAAAAUUAUGUUUUAGGAACCACGUCCCGGUCUCUUAAAUAUGCCACAGUUAAGAACGGCCGAAAGUGAUUUUCUGAUUUCGGCCGAAAACAAAACUAGGCCGAAAGCUAAAAAUUACUUUCAGGCCGAAACUGAAGCCGAAACCAAAAGCUUAACGAGAGUUUAAUUCGAAAACGAAGCCGAAAUAUUUAGAUAUUUUGAAAUUCCAUCACGCAUACAUUCUGCAUAAAUCGAAAAAUGAUUGGGAAAGUAUCAAUAUUUACAAACUAUUUAUAAAAAAAUGAGAUCAUCGUGAAUAUUAAUAAAUAAACAUCCAAUGAAUACUUUUGAUUUACCAUUUUAAUUAAAAAGUAAUUUACAUUUGUUAAAAAUGUAUUUUAAAGUGGAAUGAGGGGGGGCAAAAUUCAGGCAACGUAGACCCGUGGGUGCCCUUUGGUUUUAUAAUAUAAUUACAGUGCUACCUAGACAUAUAUUGAAAUUAAUUAUUUUUACUCUAAUAGAUCCGAUUGUCACCUAAAUAUCAGUUAUUAAAGCUAUUAAAAAUACCAUCCACAAUGUUUCGCGGUCGUUGUCAUACUAAUGCUUUGUGUGUUUUUUAUAAACAGCUGGAAAGAUAUCGCUGUAUUAAUAGUUAUCCUUGUACCAAAAACACCAGCCAUUUCGUGCUGGUGACGUAAUUAUUUCGCUCGGUGACCAACUUCCCUCACCCCAACGGAUUUGGGGGGGAGGAAUUUUUUUAACCGUCUUGCGGGGAAAAUGCGAAAGACAUCCAAAUUGGUGGCCAAAAUCAUAAAUGUAAACAGGUGUGCAGUAGGCCUACUUUAUAAUUACUAUAUCCGAACCCAUGAUACAUGCAAUUGCGUGUUUUUUUCGUCAAUAACAAUGUUUAUGAGCGUGAUAAUGAUGAAUUUCAAAAGUGAAUGAAUCGAAAAAGAAUACAUUGCCUUAAUUUUAAACAUAAUAAUAAUAAUAAUAAUGGAAAUAUGGCCAAUAUCUAUGAUUAUUCAAUGUUAACCCUUGACAUAUGACAACAUUGAUGAGCAUGAUAAUGAUAAAUCAAAAUGAAGAAAUUGAAUAAACCUAGGGUUCCAAUUUAACCAAAAAAAAUUGAAACAAAAAUAAUGAUAUAAAUAUUACCAUUCCAUUAGAUUUUCUUGAGCACAAAUAUUUUUAUUUGUAUAGGCUUAAUUGAAAUUUAUUUCUUGAAAAUAAAGGACAAACUGGUCAUCAUGCAGCUGUGAGCAGUUUUCGCAAAGCCUUUGUUAUGUAUCAUACAAUGAUAGCAAGACGUCGAGAAAUAAUGAAUAUCAUAUUUCUGGCCUAUAGACUGUCUGACUUCUAGUAGAUUACCGAAAACCUCAAUCACUUUAGGCCAGAUUGCCGAAAGUCACAAUCACGUUCGGCUGAAACCGAAAUUAAACCAAAAGUUAACUUCCCUGUUUCACCCAAAACAGAAACUAAGCAGAAAGUGAUCAAAUGGCAACUUUCGGUGCCGAAACAUAAGCCGACGCCGAAAUUCGGUCAGUCUCUAUGCCCCAGUUUAAUAUUUGUAAGAAAGAAACGCUUCUUGUCCACAUCAGAAACUAGCUUUCCCGUACACACUGAUUGAAUCGCACGGCAAAAAAAAAAUUUAAAAAAUAUAGGAACAUGAAUUUCAGUCGCGGCUUGGGGGGUCAAUCGUAAUACGCGGUAGAAAACUUACACAUAUCCUUACACGGCGUUUACUUUCAGGCUGUCCCACCGGGCAGUUCGACUGUCAGCUGAACGACAUGUGCAUAGAGGAAGGCCUGACAUGCAACGGUCUCGACGACUGCAGCAACAAGAAAGAUGAGACGCUGUUCUGCGGAUACAUCAACGCCUUCUACACCAGCAUCGCCCUGCUGAUGACGGCCGCGGUCUGCCUGUGCCUGCUGACCGGCUACUUUGGCCGGAAACAGUACGCCAUGAAGUCUUCUUUCAUGCACUACAGCCACCAUCAGAAGGCCCCGCUUUCACAACCGAGAAAACAAGAGCAGGAUGCAGGGCAAGAAGAAUCUGAAGUCGUUUUCAAAUCGCGCGCCUCAUCGGAAAUGUAAUUUUAAAAAAAAAAACAUAUCCAAAAU